AUGGAUCUGCAUUCAGCUCUAAACAACAAAGUGAGCAGGAUUUCAGCCAUGGCACGGCUCAUCCUUUCCCUCCUGUUCCUGUGUGGAUGCCAAAAUAGUCUCUGUCAGACCACCUCAGAGGCUCAGAAGGAAGCGGCCGCCAAUGACAACAGCACCGUCUUCACCAGGAUCCUGGACGGCCUCCUUGACGGUUAUGACAACAGGCUUCGGCCGGGUCUUGGAGAGAAUGUCACCGAGAUCAAGACAAAUAUUUUCGUCACGAGCUUCGGCCCGGUGUCUGACACGGAGAUGGAAUACACCAUCGACGUGUUCUUUCGCCAGAGCUGGAAGGACGAGCGUCUGUGCUUCAAAGGACCCAUGGAGAUGCUGCCGUUGAAUAACCUGUUGGCCAGUAACAUCUGGACCCCUGAUACUUUCUUCCUUAAUGGAAAGAAGUCCAUCGCUCACAACAUGACUACCCCCAACAAGUUGCUGAGGCUCCAAGAUGAUGGCACCUUGCUUUACACUAUGAGAUUGACCAUAUCAGCAGAAUGCCCCAUGCAGCUGGAGGAUUUCCCCAUGGACGCACACGCCUGCCCUCUCAAAUUCGGCAGCUAUGCCUAUCCAGUAUCUGAGGUGGUCUACACUUGGACUGAGGGGGCUGCUAAGUCUGUGGCGGUGGCAGAGGACGGGUCCAGACUCAACCAGUACCAUCUUAUUGGGCAAACUGCUGGCACAGAGGACGUACACACAAGCAGAGGACAGUAUACAGUCAUGAUGGCCCACUUCUACCUGAAGAGGAAGAUUGGAUAUUUUGUCAUCCAGACGUAUAUGCCCUGUUUCAUGACUGUGAUCCUGUCCCAGGUGUCAUUUUGGCUAAACAGAGAAUCAGUCCCUGCAAGGACAGUGUUUGGGGUGACCACUGUGCUGACCAUGACCACCCUAAGCAUCAGCGCCAGGAACUCCCUCCCGAAAGUGGCCUACGCGACAGCCAUGGACUGGUUCAUUGCCGUCUGCUACGCUUUCGUCUUCUCCGCCCUCAUCGAGUUCGCCACGGUGAACUACUUCACCAAGAGGAGCUGGGCGUGGGAUGGGAAGAAAGCUCUGGAAGCGCAGCACCCUAAGAAACGAGACCCCAUGGUGUUGUCGAAAAAACCCAACAACGUCUGCUCGGCGGGCGUCAACUAUACCCCCAACCUCACCAAGGACGUUUCCAUCUCCACCAUCUCCAACACGACGUCGGUGCAGCUGAGGGCCUCCGAGACGAAAAUGGUGGACCCCAAGAAGACCUACAACAGCGUCAGCAAGAUCGAUAAGAUGUCCCGGAUAGUGUUUCCUGUCCUCUUUGGAACCUUCAACCUCGUCUACUGGGCCACAUACCUUAACAGAGAACCGGUGGUCAAAGGAGUUCAAACCUCAACGUAA